UUCACAUUAAAGUAUCAUCUAGCUUUACAAGUAACUAACAGUAUAUUUGGUUUACCAAGCCAUGCUCCAACAAAAGGAAGAUUUUGUUAGGUAGACUAUUUUGUUUAUUUAUACGUACGAGAAAAUGUCACAUAGAUGGUGUUUGUUUUUUGAUAUAUCUGGUUUGGUGUAGACAUACUGUCAGUGCUCAUUUGAAGGCGGACACACAAGGAUUAACGUCAAAAAUAUGGAUUUGGGAUUUUUCACAGAUCAAUACCUAUUUCGCUUCUUCUGCAAAAACAAAACAAAGAUGUCUACGAUCAGUGACCCAGUGAUGCUUCUCCGCCAUCUCAAAGACCAUAAAAUCAUUGAAGAGGCUCUUGAAUUUGACCCUGAGGACAGUGAAGAAAGUGUCUAUGGGGUGAUGGACUUUAUUGGAAAACGGGGAGAAAAACAUGUUAGAAAAUUUUGGAAUUGUGUGAACCAGGAGCAUAUCUUGGGGUGGUAUCGUGAAAUUUAUGAGCUGAUUCAAACUUUGAAGAAUGAGUCUGGAUUGUCACCUGAUUUGAGUUCUGUUGUGGCAGUGGAAAAUGAGACCAGUGAGAGAUCAGAAAGAAGACAAUCAAUGGAAGAACCCAGCACCAGUUUUACAGAGACACUAAGAUAUUCUGUUGCUCCAGAGACACCAUUGUAUCUUUGGGACAUGCCUGAACAUAAGAGAUGGCUACCUGUUAAAUGUGGGGAAAUUGAAGGCUUACUGGACAGAGAUCGGCUGUUUAGAAGAGAGCAAAAUUUUAUUCAGAUAGAAGGACACCUAAUUAAACCUUUUCAAUUUGAGGACAUGGGUGGAAAAGGUAGCAGCAAGAAUUGGAAAAUGAGCAUAUUAUGCCAAGGCACACCACUUAAGACUCUCAUUGAGAGGGACAUUCUGAAGGUGUCUCCAUAUGAGGGAAAACUUGUUCUCCAUAAAUGAUGCAGAAUCUGAUGUAUUUGUUGUUUUAAUACAUCAAAAUUGGACUCAGAUUAUGCACUAAAUAUGUAUACAACAAUUGUUUUCGGUAUACAUUUUGAAGUUUUGAUGAAGUGUUUAUUUAAGGGUAAGGUAAAUAUAAUUUAGUUAAACUUACAGCAGUUAUCAACAUCCAUGUUUUGGAAUAAAACAAUU